UACAUGGGCGCGCACACAUUGCUUCCUAUCUAGCUCUCUCAUUUUUCCAAUCCUCAGCCAAAGCGAUGCGAGGCCCCAACACCAAGCAGGCAUUCAAGCAAGGCUUCCUCAAGAACUUGAUCUUGAGCCUCCAAGCCUUCAGGAGCAGCACCUCCUCCUCCUCUGGGGGCGCCAUGAAUCUCCAAGAGAGGAAGCGUGCCAUCAAGUCGUCGGCCGACAUCGCCAUGGCGACCGCCCGCGGCGGCAGAGCACGGUGGCCACAGGCCCUCUUGGCUUCAUCGUCUAGGCCAUGCAUAUCGCCAGGGAAGGUGCAGAGGUGCAAGAAGAUUGUGAAGAUGUGUCACCACAAGAGGAGAAGAGAUGGCACUGGUACUACUUCCCUUGCAAGAACAGCACUGAUUAGUAGCAGUGAGAUUGCGAGGAGGCUGGUGAGGAAGAGGACCAAGAUUCUGAGGAGGAUGAUACCCGGAGGCGAGUUCCUGGAUGAGGUCUCAUUGCUUCGUGAAGCCAUGGAUUACGUCGCUCAUCUACACGCGCAAGUCGACGUGCUCCGGUGCAUCUCGAAAGCCAUGCAAUGAGAUCUAGCAUGUCAGCAUGCAGGGGUAGUGCAAAGCUAAAGGAAGCGAUGGUAAAAGUUUCAGGUGAAUCAGCGGCCGGGUAGAUUGUAGUAGCAGGUACUUCAGAAGAGGAGGAAAAUUUCUUGCAGAAAGAAUUCAUGAAUUUAAUUGAUGUGAGAUAUGUCCCUGAUCAGGCUGUGCAAAUGGUGAAGGAUAGAUCAAGAGAUCUUAUCCUUUACAGAGAGGCAUGUGAUGGAAAUUUGUAAGGUUGUAUUAGCUACUUUUGUACUGGAACUAAAGAGACAACCCAUUGUAGCUAUAGUACUAAAUCUUUUUGA